AUGAUAUCUUCUAUCUACACCCACUCAUCAAUAACGAUUUGGAAAACGCUUGCAGUUUGUGCGUCUCUGCUCAUCUCCAUUGUCAUUUUCUCUUUCUCAAACCAACCUAAUUCUCUCCGGGCUAACUUCUUUCAUGUCACAACUCGCCAAUCCUCAGUGCCACAGGACACCACUAAUGUUUCCCACCUUGUUUUUGGAAUUCUAGGAUCUGUCAAGACAUGGCACUAUCGAAAACCCUUCAUCGAGUCAUGGUGGCGCCCAAACAUUACCCGUGGCUACUUCUACCUUGAUAGGGCCCCCACAGAAGAUCUUUUACCAUGGGCAGGAACUUAUCCUCCUUUUCGUAUUUCUGAUGAUAAUACAAAGUUAUUGAAAGAAUCAAAGCAUGUUUCAGCACUCAUGGUGCGGAUGGUGCAUGCAGUGAUCGAGGUUUUUAGGGAAGAGAAAGAAGGGGUACGAUGGUACAUUAUGGGAGAUGACGACUCGAUCUUUUUUGUUGACAAUUUGGCGGAUGAAUUGUCAAAAUAUGAUCAUACUAAAUACAUAUACAUUGGUGCUCAUUCAGAAUGUGUAUUGUCAAAUCAGUUUUUCUCAUAUGAUAUGGGAUUUGGUGGAGCGGGACUUAUAAUGAGUUAUCCCUUGGCUAAGAUGGUGCAAAAAAAUAUUGAAGACUGUUUUAAGAGAUAUCCAUAUUUACGUAGCGCCGAUCUAAUUUUGAUGACUUGUGUCAAUGAUUUUGGCGUUUCGUUGACUGUUCAUCAAGGUCUUCAUCAGAUGGAUCUACGUGGAGAUGCAUCAGGUUUUUUAUCUGCUCACCCAAAAGCUCCAUUGCUUUCCCUUCAUCAUUUGGAACAUGUAGAUCCGAUUUUUGGUUCCAUGGAUCGUUUCGAAUCUUUAAAGCACCUCAUGAAAGCAGCCGAUGUUGAUCAACCUCGUUUGCUUCAACAAACAAUAUGCCACAGCAGACAAUUAAAUUGGUCUUUUUCAAUUUCAUGGGGCUACUCAGUUCAUAUUUAUGAGAAUAUAGCCUCUCGUAGCAUCUUAAAGACUCCACUUGAGACAUUCAGGCCAUGGGGGAAUUGGAAGCCACCAUUUUACAUCUUCAACACAAGACCAGUACUAUCAAACGAUCCAUGUGCAACCCCUCACGUGUUUACAUUUUCAGUCUAUAAAGAAGAACAAUGGAAUUGA